AUGCGCUUCAGAGAUUUUGGGAACUCGAAGCUGUCGAUCAUGGCCCAACGUACUCCACUGAAGAAAAACGAUGCGAAGAAAUCUAUACCAACACUACCACCCGAACUCAUUCCGGAAGGUACGUCAUGCGCCUUCCUCGGUCCGAAGAUCCGCAAGUCACCCUCGCUACCGCACCAUCCGGUGUUCAAGGAGAGCAGUACUACCACCAAGGUGCGUGUGGUUUUCGACGCCUCCUGCAAAACGUCCACCGCAGUGUCUCUGAAUGAUACACUCCUCGUCGGUCCAGUUAUACAGCAGCCUCUCGUCAACAUCAUUAUUCGUUUCCGGUUCCACGUGAUCGCUUUCGUCGCUGACGUGGAAAAAAUGUAUCGCCAAGUACUUCACCAUCCCGACGAUCAACAUUUCCUGCGCAUUCUGUUCCGCCGAACUCCAUCGGAUCCGAUCGACACCUACGAACUUCUGACGGUCACAUACGGCACCGCAGCAGCUCCAUACCUGGCCACCCGCACACUUUUACAGUUGGCUAAGGAUGAAGGAGACAACUUCAAGGAAGCCGUUAAAGCAGUCAUCGAGGACUUCUACGUAGACGACCUCCUUUCCGGAGCAGCAAAUAUGGAGGAUGCCAUCGAGAAGCGUCGCCAAAUCACUGACAUGCUUGCGACCGCUGGGUUUCCGUUGAGAAAGUGGGCCUCCAACGUGCCAGAAGCAUUGACUGGUGUACCAUCCGAAGACUUAGCGAUAAAACCGCUCCACGACCUCCACGAUGAUCAAUCCGUCUCAACAUUAGGCCUUGUUUGGGACACAAGAACAGACAUGCUGCGGUUCAAUGUCGAGAUGCCGCUCCCUGCAGCAAUCCUCACAAAACGUAAAGUGAUCUCCUACAUUGCCAGAAUAUUUGACCCAUUAGGUCUGGUCGGUCCGGUGAUAGCUGCCGCCAAAAUGUUUAUGCAACGCCUCUGGAAACUGAAGACUGAGGAUAACAGUCCCUACGAGUGGGACAGGCCACUUCCACCCAACCUACAAGAAGAAUGGAAGAAGUAUCACGCCACUUUGGAUAUACUUUCCGAAUUACGAAUUCCUCGCUUCGUUUCAUUUGCCGAUGCACCAAUACUCCAGCUACACCUGUUUUCCGACGCUUCAGAAUUGGCUUACGGCGCAUGCUGCUACGCUCGUUCACAGGACGACAAUCGCAUUCACGUACAACUGCUGACUUCGAAGUCGAAGGUUGCGCCAAUAGCCACCAAGCAUUCCAUCGCUCGUCUGGAACUGAACGCUGCUGUCCUGUCUACCAGAUUGUUCCAGAAGAUAAACCAAUCAAUGCGAUCGUCAACCGAAGUUUUCUUCUGGACAGAUUCAACCACCGUCCUGCAGUGGCUUAAAUCUGCACCGAAUCGUUGGAAAACCUUUGUAGCCAAUCGAGUUUCAACGAUCCAGUCUAACACCGAAGGGUAUUCCUGGAAUUACGUUCCCGGAAUCGACAAUCCAGCCGAUGAACUAUCCCGAGGUCUGACACCGGCCGAACUACUAAACCAAAGCCGUUGGUGGAACGGACCGUCGUGGCUUUCCAAAUCGUCCGAUCAUUGGCCAAAUGCGAGCAUCCCCUGCGAAGAGUUUCAAUCUACAGCCGAAGAGGCACGCAAUGUUUCGUUAGUAGCGGUGCCUAGUGAAGAAACCUCAUUCGCAGAUCAGUUGUUCCUUCGUUUCUCAUCAUUUUCCAAAAUACGUCGUGUGGUUGCCUACUGCAUCAAGUACAUCAAUUCCCUGAAGGUUGCAGAACGAAGCUCGUCAAAAAAAAGAACAACGCUCCUUUCUACAGAAGAUUUGCUGGCUGCUGACCGUGCAUUAUCUCGUCUCGCACAGCAACAAACUUUCGCAGAUGAGGUAGCAGAGAUUAAAUCCGUCGGAACCGUGAAAGGUGCCCCAUUGAAAUGGCUGAAGCCACGCUUGACACUCGACGGAAUCCUCCGUGUUGGCGGACGACUCGAGAAUGCCCAUGCACCUGAAGCAAGCAAGCACCCAAUCAUCCUGUCAUCCAAGCACCCUCUGUCUCGUCUACUCUGUGAUCAUUACCAUAAGGCUCUCCUUCAUGCUGGUCCCCAGUUGAUGCUGUCCACAUUGCGCCAGAAAUAUUGGAUUCUUGGAGGAAGAGACCUGACCCGAUCAACCUACCACCAAUGUGUCAAAUGUUUCCGCACUAAGCCGCAACUCAUCCAACAGAGCACUGCUGAUCUACCAACGUCCCGUGUCACGCCAGCACGGCCGUUUUCCAUCUCUGGUGUGGAUUACUGCGGCCCGGGAGCAGCAAAUGUUUUGCACCGCAUCUACGAAAUGCUGAAGCUCAACGACAGUGACCGCGAAUCCAUCACUAACUGGUAUGCUGAGCAGGAAAUCCAGUGGAAGUUUAUACCGCCAUGCGCUCCAUAUUCCGGAGGAUUGUGGGAAGCGGCGGUGAAAUCGUGCAAGCACCAUCUUCUACGAGAAAUAGGCCAAACAUCGAUCAGCUAG